ACGCUGCGCUACAUGGCGCCCGAGGUGUUUGACGGAGCGGUCAACCUGCGCGACUGUGAGGCCUCACUUAAGCAGAUCGACAUCUACGCCCUGGGUCUGGUCAUCUGGGAACUGGCCAGUCGCUGCGUCGACCUCUACCAGGGCGCCCCAAUGCACGAGUACAUGCUCCCCU